CUUGACUAGUUUCACAAGGAGAUGAACACUAUUGAUAAAAUUUUCCAGGAACACAAAAAGGACAUUAAGAGGAAUCACAAAGGUUUCAACUCCUUUAACAUUAAGUUAAUUAUUUUUUUCAUGUCAUAAUAAUAUCAUGCUUAACAUGUAUAAAAUUUAGUAAAGCAGAAUAUAAAGUUAAAAUUUACUAAAAAGAUCCAUCAGUUUUUCAUAAUACCAAGUAAUACAAGAUGUACAUUUAAAACUAGCAUCACAAUUUGAACAAAAAUAUAAACAUUAUGUACAAAAAUUGUUUUAAAUUUUAAUAACCUUGAGAAGAUUUCACAUCCUAAACACAACUCUUAUAAAGUCUAGCACAUUUUGUACUAGUAGUAGCAUUCAGAUAAUAACCACCAAUAUUUCGUAAUAUAUAUAUUAUAUAUGUAUUAGCAAUGCAUCUUAAACAAGGAAAUUCUUAACAGAUAUAGCUAGUUUGUUAAUAGAAUUCCUCUAUGCAAACAGUAUCACUACAUGUAUCAGCUCCAUUUUUAUAAGAAACUGAUAUACAAGGACCAAGCACAAUCAUCUUUAUAGAAUCUAUCAUAACCUGCAUCACAUGUAGAGAAGAAGUUCCAUGGAAUAAUCAAGCUAAGGAUCCUGUAUUAGGAACUAUCUUCAUAUAAAUUAUUUCCCGAAAAACAAUUAGUACAUGCAUUCGAAGCAGCUGUACACUCGGGAAAAAUAAUUUAUAAUUUAAUUGCCACAUUCGUAUUACAUCUCAAGUAUUUAGAAUCAAAAUUUUAUGUACAAUUAGAUCCAAAAUGCAGUCUAAACACUUAAGUCUAAAUUCCAGGAGGACUUGCAUAAUAAUAUCCUCCAUUUUCUUGAAAUGCUGUUUACUCAAAAGUACAAAAUUAGAGCCAUCCCCUAGUAGGCCUGUUUUGCCCUACAAAAAUGACAAGUUGCACAAUUUUCAGUGCAAUCAACUCAAUUUGAACCAAGUCCAGUUAAAUAAAGUUCAAAAAAAUAAAUACUACUAUUUUCUUUAUAUCCUAUUCAGCAUUAAAUACAUUUUGUACAUGCAUUUCUUACAAUUUGAAUUGCAUUUAAGAUAAUUGGCUUCAUCUUAACAAUAGCCAUCCAGACGCUAGACAUUCUGUCAUACAUUGUGUACAUGUUACAUUAUUUAGAUAAAAUCCAACUCUGCAAUUCUUUUAAGUGUCAGUACCCGUAAAUUUGAUGUAAGAUAUUGUCUAGUUGCACAUACUUAACAUUUAGUAUUUGAUGCUUCACAAAAUGAAUAACAAAACAUCCAUUAAUUAUUAUCUAAAAAUUAAUUUUAUUGACAAGCAU